GCCGGGCCGGGCCGGGCCGGGCCGGGCCGCCAGCGCCGCGGGACUGCGCCCGGCGCCCGCAGGAGGAUGAGUAAAAUUCAUUCUGAAAACCUCAAACUGAAAACUGCCUCAAAGCAGGCAGUAGGAAGCUGUUCUGGGAUUUACAAGGAGUACUUGCAGGAAAUGACAUCACCAGCUCUCAAUACGAUGUUUGAUGUUUGCUUUUCUCCAUGAUACCUGGAUGUGGUUGAGUUUCAGAACGGGUAUAAGGACCGAGACACAGAAAACAACUACUUGAAGCUUGCAUGUUAAAUUGAUGACAAACCUAGAAGAACUAUCUCAGGUUACCUCGUUGCCACAGAUAUAUAUUGUAGACUGGAACAGACUGCUCUUCAUCUGUUUGAACUAUGCCAAGAAAAAGAAAGCUGUUGGCUCAGUUAAGUGCUCUGCAAAGCAAGUCCAGCUUCCCUGCCUUUGAUGCCUUGGAGAACCUGAAUGUCACUCCUGACAGGGAUUCUCCAAAGAGCAGCAAGUAUUUUGCAGUAGAGAAGAAAAAAUCUUCCCAACUAGAAUCAGAUUUUUUUAACCAACCCUGUAUUAGUCUGGCUAAGUCUCUCCUGGGACAGAUUUUAGUUCGCAAACUUCCUGAUGGCAGAGAACUCUGGGGGAGGAUUGUUGAAACAGAAGCUUAUCUGGGUGGGGAAGAUGAGGCUUCCCACUCCAAAGGUGGGAAGCAAACUCAACGAAACACAGCGAUGUUCAUGAAACCAGGAACUUUGUACGUGUAUCAGAUCUAUGGGAUUUAUUUCUGCGUGAAUGUUUCCAGCCAAGGAGAAGGGGCUGCAGUCUUGCUUCGCUCAUUGGAGCCUCUUGAAGGUCUAGAUAUGAUGCGAGAGCUGCGCAGCGCUUCAAGGAAAGGACCCACAAAGCCGCUGAAGGACUGGCAGCUAUGUAACGGGCCUGCCAAGCUCUGCCAAGCAUUUGGUAUUGAUAAGGAUUUUGACCAAAGGGAUCUGGCUCAAGAUGCAGCUAUUUGGAUGGUGCCUGGACCUGAACUGCUGGGAGAGCAGGACGUGGUAGCUACAGCAAGGAUUGGCAUUGGCAACAGAGGAGAGUGGGCACAGAAACCUCUGAGGUUUUACUUAAGAGGGAACAAAUUUGUGAGUGUUGUUGACAAGAAGACAGAGCGAGAGAUGGCAGCAUUGGGCUCUUCCUCUUGCAGCUGACUAGUCUUGCAGAGGUGCCAAAGAGCAGGACUUGAGCUGCACUCCAUAUGACAGCUUCAAGCUAUAUCCUGGCAGCGGUGAGCACAGGAUGAUGGCUUGGAAGUUUUUAACAAUAAAUGUACUUUAUCACAAUGAA